CUGCUGCUCACGCGUUUCGUAUUGCCGAUGCAGGAUGAGGCCACGACAGGCAAGACUGCACUGCUCACAGUAGGCUCGACGCAGUUCGCUGCUCUGGCCGAGGCUGCGCUGUCACCGGACGUCCUGCAUGCCCUGCGCUCGCUCGGCUAUGACACUUUCAUCGUCCAAAAGGGCGACAGCAUACUCUCUCGGCCUACGCCCACCGUGGCUGGCUUGCAGAUCGACGUACAUGACUACAUGGACUCACUCGACGACCGUAUGCAGUCUUGCCAGCUCGUCAUCAGUCACGCGGGCUCAGGCUCGAUAUUGGCUGCCCUGCGCGGGCCAGUAGGACGCCUGUGCGAGCCCAAAGCGCUCAUCAUCGUACCCAACGAUGGCUUGAUGGACAAUCACCAGUCGGAACUCGCCGACAAGAUGCGCGAACAGAGAUGGGCUCUGACCGCUACACCGGCAACAUUGGCGCAAGUGAUACUGCAGCUCGGACGGGGAGACGCCGUCCAGAGCUUGCCGGCGCGUCAGGCGAGCCGCUUCCGCGACGUGCUCGAACGAGAAGUGCUACAGUUCUAGCGCUCAUGUUGUCAUUC